CAAAUAGCCAUCUGGGUGUGUUUUCCCAGGUGGCAUGGGCCCAUGCCAUGAAUGGUCGUGUGUGUGUGUGUGCAAUGCAGUCAAUGUGGUUUCUUUCUCAGUUCUCAGUGACGGACGGACGGACGGACGAUACACACACGUGUGCAGUGCACGGGACACAUUUGUAGUCAGUCAUUCACUGUGAUGAGUGAGUGGAUGGGAUGACCUGUGUUUGUGUCUGUCUACCCUUACUAACAACGUAUAUGUAUUACACGUCUCACCGUCAUGUUAGCGAGCGAAUUACACACACACACCGACAGACAGACAUCAAUCGCCAUCAUGUCAUGACAGCUGGCCAGCCACAGAUUUGAUAGAAAACGACGGUCAGUCACGAUAAAUACCGACAGCAUGGCAUGCUACCCACAAUGUAAGGAUGGAGGAAUGCAUUCAUUAUGUAUGCACAUAUAUGUGCAGGGGACACGCAAGUCAAGUGGCAGCUGGCGACACAACACACACAAAAAUACAUAGGCAUCACACAGACAGACAGACAGGCAGACAGCAGCCCCCCUACCCCUACACCUUCACCCCACCCCCUGUGCGCCACAACCUGGUGUGUCUACGCAUCGCAUCGCUCAUCACUCGAUGAGCCGCUCACCGCCCUCGAUCCCUGCUCUACCACUCCCAUUCCCUCUCCCCUCUCUCUCCCCGCUGCUGCUGCCGCCAUCCUCUGAGCUGCUGCUGUCGGGUUGGCGUGCGACCUCUUGCCAUGGUUCGACCUCCCCGUCCCCCGUGUCGUCGUCUGCAUCCUCAUCAGAGUCGGUCUCUCGCUGCUGCCUGGCGGCGUGCUGCCUCGAGUCUCUGUCGGUGUCUGUGGUCUCUUCUUCUACUUCUGGGAUGCCGACCUCCUGUUCGCCGUCUUGCUCGUCAUCCUGCUCCUGCUCCAGGCUGGUGUCGUUGGCAGCCUCCACUUGCUGCUGCUGCUCAUCCAGAGCGUCUUGGUCCGCUGCAGGCUGGCUGUCUGCCGCCCCGUUUCUUCCCUCCCUUCUCUCGCUGGCAGCAUCUUCCUGCUGGAUGACGGCUGGUGGUGGUGGUGGUGCUGGUUCCUUGUUGGCGUCAUUGUUCUCCGCGGCCGUGUCGUUACUCUCAUCAUCAGAGCUGUCCUUCUUCCCUGCCCCUUCCUGUGACAUCGCUUCAGCCUCCUCCACAGUGGCUGCAUCCUUCUGGACAGGUGCUGCAUUGUCAGCUGCCUUGGCGUCAGUCGACGCCUGUCCCCCCGGCCCCCCCGGGCCGUCCUCCCCUCCCUCCGGUGGCUGUGGCGGCUGUGGCGCUUGUGGCCGCUUUUCAGAGCGCUCCGCACUGCUGGCCACAACGACAGGCUCCUCCUCUUGCUCCUCGAUGACCAUCUGACACGAUUUGUGGGCUGCGUCGGGAAGCACGAUGAAGGAAUACGACAGAGCGUCGAGCAUCAGGGGAUCAUCCCGGUGGACAACGUUCGGGUGGAGAGCAGGCAUGACCGUCUCGUUGGUGGCGGGGUCGACGGUCGGUUCCAGGCGCUGGCCGUUGAGGCUCAUUGCUGUCGAGUCGGGGUCAGGCGAGGAAAAGAUGUAGUCGAGCCGACGGGCGCCGCGGGUCUUGAAGGAGAUAGAAUAGGACUUCUUCUUGUCGAAGUUCAGUAAUAAAAUCGCCACGCCGCCCGGAUGCUCCUUGGCGCACUGGGCAUAGAUCCGCAGAGGGGGCGUCUUGACCCCUUCCACCCCGAGCGCGUCCCACAGCCCGCCACCAGUGGCCGGCCGCCUCCUGGUCUUCAGCCCUCCUCUCCGAUUAGCCUCGAUCCUCCGCAGAAGUGAGCUCUUUCCCUCCUGCGGCACGUGCCUCGCGCACUGCACAUCGCCCUCCAUGACGUCGCAGGCCAGUGAGGGCUUCCUGCUGUUGGGUCGGGGAGGGCCCCUGCCGACCAUUCUGUCGGGUGAUGACUGGAGGUUGAACUUGGGGUUGAUGGCGGGGGAUCCCAUGAUCUUGUUCCACAGGAUGGACGUGUAGAGGUCGGGCAUGGGGGCGUAGGUCUGGUUGUGCAGGAGGCCGUAGAGGCCACCCACGAGGGUCUGCCGGCACCAGUGGGUGUAAGAUUGCGCCGCCGCCAUGCCCAGAGAGUCAAGGUACCAAAACCCAGAAUAAUAGUUCAUCGUGACCAGCCUGAGACCAGACGAGACGAGACGUCACACCCGCACCGCAUAUAUGCAGGUAACGAAACCCCUCCACCCUGUCAGCUGCAUGUGCGCUACCUGCUUCCGGAGUUGUAUGCUCCCCCCGCCUCGCCCAUCCAGACUUCAGUGCCCGGCGCACGUUUUGCCGUGACGGUGGCCACGUCACGCACCAGUGGCAGCUCCCACCGCAACAUGUAGGACGGAUCAAGCGCCUUGUUCUUCACCUCAGGAUCCACCCUGCCGGACAAAUCGAACCGAACCAGAGAUAUAUGCAAACCGAAGCAGAGAGAUGUGUGUUUGUGGGCUGCUGGGCUGGCUGUGUGGAGCCUCCCUCGUGUCUGGCUCACCCGGCGCCAAGAACGUACUGCAGUCAAAGCAGCGGCACAAAAAAAAGGAAGGCAAGGCAAGGCAAGGCAAGGCCAGCAGCGAACCGAUCAAUGAUAGCGUGUGUAGUGUAGUGCAAUCCCCGAUCCCGUCAGCAUUGCUUACGUUGUGGUGGGUAUAGGCGUCAAGCCUCAUGUCCCGUUGGGCGAGCUCGUCGAAGAGCUGUGCGGUGUAUUUUUCAUCGAACGUCGAAUCCAUGCCGACCAGCAUUGGCCUCCCGGCUCCAAUCAAGGAAGGAGCGCCGCCCUCAGACCCGUUGACUGGUGCAAACGACCACUCUGGGACACCGUCUGCACACAACGAUUGACAUCCAUGAUACAUCACAAAGAGUACAGGUGUGUUGUGUGCGUGUUAGAUGCAUGCAUGCUCACUCACGCCAGAUCUUGUCGAUCAGCUGCCUGGUUUGUUGGAUCAUUUUGACGGCCUCCUCGACGUCAAAGUGGGCGGUGAUGGCGGUUUCCGACCACAACUCAUUGCCCAUCUGUGUGGCACACAACAUCAGCACAGGCGAGGCGCUCUGCUGUCUGUAACUUCGGUAGUGUCCUUCUUCCUCCUUUUCACCUCGACAGCGUAUAGAGGCGCAUCGGACUCUUUGGCCCACCGCAACAGACGCUCAGCUGAUGGGAGUCAACACACACGUACACGCACUCACACAGAUGUCCAUUCUGUGUCCAUAGAACCAACGACUGACUCACCGUCUGCAGGGUCCCAGACUCCCUCGUAAGACAGGUGACCGACCUUCCUCCGGCCGUACAGAGCGUUCAGACCAAACGCAAGAACACAGCCAGCCUCCUGAGGGACGCCACGUAGACACGCAAGGCGACGUCUGGCAAAGCAGCAAUCGUCAGCGUGCGUGUGCGUACCUUGCAGUAGUUGGAGAGCUCCAGGAAGCGCGAGUGAGAGAAGCAACCGCCGAUGAAGCCCAGCCUACAUGACACACACGCACACACACAAGGGCGUCGCUAUGCCAUGAUCGACCUUUAUGUUGCUCUUCGCCCGCCUGCCCGCCUGACCUGUCGUCUGGAUCUUUCUUCAUCUCUUGGGGGCAGGCCUCGCCGUCCUCGCGGUAAUAAAUGUGGUCCUGACACACACACGCACACGUGCCGCAGGUAUGUUUGGUGUAUGGAUGGAUAGUGGUCGAGUGGCUGGGCUGACCUGCAGGCUGCCUCCAAUGCGCAGGAUGAAAGGGGCGAGCGCCUUGCCUGCCGGGAUGAGCUUGCUGAAGUCCACUGAGUUGAGACCGACAUGAUGCCAAGGACAGAUGCCGUAGUCACACUUAUCCUCGGGCCACCAGUCCAGAUUCGCACACACGAACCCCAGCGGGUUCUCUGGAGCCGGCCCCUCCAGUGCUUCAGCCGGGGGCUGCUCAUCUGCAGGCUCGAUCAGCGACAAGGACACGACCACGGACGAAGACGCUGGGGCCAGGCCGCGCCCGAACUGCAGGUCGCUUAUAUCGCUGUUGAUGGACGCCUUGCGGGGCGCGGUGUCCGUGACGAUUCCCAAUAGCGCAUCACUCUCGUGCAGCCGGGGGAGAAAGAAGCUGAAGAUGAUCCUGCAGAAAACAAGCACGGCGCACGAGAAAGACAAAAGCGUGAGCGAUGCCGGGCCCUGCUUCUUCGCUGCGUCUUCUGUGUUGUGUUUGUGUUUGUGCUUGUGCUUGUGCUUCUUUCUUACGUGGCCAAAGCGGCGGCGAGCAGGGACACUGUGAAUAUUUUAAGGGCCAGCUUCCGCAUGCCCUGGUGAGUUGCAGACAUCGCCUUCGUUUCUG